CUUUCCCCCUGCAGGUUACAUACUGAAGAGAUGGGAGGGCCACCUUUGAAGAAACUGAAGCAGGAGGUUGGGGAGCAGAGUCACUCUGAAAUUCUGCAGCCGCCCCCAGGACCCGAGUCCUUCGGCCCGCUGUACCGCCCCAGCUUGGAGGAAGACAGUGCCAGCCUGUCUGGGGAGAGUCUGGAUGGCCACUUACAAGCUGUGGGGUGCCCCAGGCUGACACCUCCCCCUGCUGACCUGCCCCUGGCACUACCCGCCCAUGGGUUGUGGAGCCGCCACAUCCUGCAGCAGACACUGAUGGACGAGGGGCUGCGGCUUGCCCGCCUUGUCUCCCACGACCGUGUGGGCAGGCUCAGCCCUUGUCUGCCUGCGAAGCCACCCCUCGCAGAGUUUGAAGAAGGCUUAUUGGAACGGUGUCCUGCACCUGGGACCCACCCAGCCCUCGUGGAGGGCAGAAGGGCCAGCGUGAAGGUGGAGGCCGAGGCCAGCCGGCAGUGAGGGAUGUCUACCCUGGGCUAGAACCCCUGGACCUCUGCUUCCCACAGAUCCUGGACUCUCAGAUCCCUGGAAUCUAGUCCUCUGAUCAUCCACAUUCCCUCCCAUCUGCCUCCCCUGCUCCAUGGGCAUUGGACAAUGGGGCAUCUAGCAAUAAGGCAGCCAGAACAAGGGCAGAAUCUGGUGCCCCUGGGCUUGGAGGGAAGGGAAUUCCGUUUGAACUCUGCCUCUCAAACACCCUUCCUGGACAUUCUGGGGCAGCGCCUCCUCCCUCCAUCUCUCACACACAUUCUAGCUUUGAACCCCUGUCUUGACAGGUAAACAUUUUGGAUGCUAGGGGAAAUGGAGCCAUUCUGGAAGGGUCUCGAAGCUGAGAAUAGAAACUGUUUUCUCGGCCUAAGUGGAGGAGUCCUGAGAACCCUGGCCUUCCCCACAACUUCCCUCUCUCCUCUCCAUAUUUGUGUUUCUAGUUUGUCUCUUUAAUUUAACAAACGCUGCAGUUUACUCCCACCCCCUCAAAAAAAGUUUAUCAGUCAUCUCUUGCCCCCCCCACUCACCCCGGGGCGCCAUGGGCUCCCCUGUAAAAACCAGCCCUUCCCUUGCUCCCUGUGGAGGGCCUGGGUUGGAUUCAGGAGCACCCCCCCACCCGGGACUGAACUACAGCGUCUGUGUGAGCAGUUAGAAUAUCUCUUCUUUCGCACCGUGUACAGUAGAUUAUUUAUUUUGUUAUUUUGGAAUAAAAUUUAUUUUAUGGC